AUGCCUCACAGGAAAUAUAUUUUUGGAUAUUUGGUAAUUGAAGAACUUAAUCAAUGUAAUGAGAAUGAUAAUGAAGAUUUGGGUGUUGAAGAGCCUAUUGAAUAUUUGAAUGAGAAUGACAAUGAAGAUUUGGUGAAUGAGAAAGCCACUGAAAUUGAAGAUUUUAAUGUUGAAUAUGGACCUUCAAAUAUUGAUGACCCAAGUAAUUGGGACAAGAUUGAUCAAAAUUUUAGAGAUUUAUUAGUUGAAAGAGGUCCUAUAAGAAGUAAUGUUGUCAAUUUUCCUAGAGAUGAUAAGGAUAGACGUUUCUCCUCUACAUAUUACAUUCGAAAUUUAUCAAAUGGAGAGAAGCAAGAUAUGAAAUGGCUAGUAUAUUCAGAUGCUUCAAACAAAGUAUUUUGCUUUUGUUGUAAGUUGUUUAAGGAAGAUGGGAACAAGACUCAGUUGGCUACUAAUGGAUUUAAAGAUUGGAAGAAUCUAGGUCACAGGCUUAGAAGUCAUGAAACUAGCAAUGAGCACAUGACUUGUAUGAGCAAAUGGAUCGAAUUGGAAAAAAGAUUGCAAAAGAAUGAAACAAUUGAUAAAGGUGUUCAAGAACAAAUCAAUAGGGAGAGAGAACAUUGGAGAAAGGUAUUACUAAGGAUAAUUGCUGCUGUGAGAACUCUUGCUAAAAAUAAUUUAGCGUUUCGUGGAGACAAUGAGAAGAUUUAUCAAGAAAGAAAUGAAAACUUUUUGAGUUUAAUUGAAAUGAUUGCUUAA